UCUUGUAGGAUGAAAGGGGUCCCAGCCUUAUCUCUACUCCUCUGGGUGUGUUCAAUGUAUUUUGUGGGAAUUUACCUGUUUAUGAGUGGGUUUCUGCUGGUACGAGUGGAGGUGAACCGCACCAGCACCUGCGGAGAUGUACUGGAGCCAAGCGGACAGUCAAGAGACUUUUGUGGGGUACAACCACGUUUUCGUAGGGCUGUCAUAAUCCUCAUCGAUGCCUUGAAGUUUGACUUUGCUCAUUUUGAUCCCCACAACACGUCGCCCCGUUUCUUUGAGAACAAGCUGCGUGUUUUUGAGGAGACAACCUCAUCCAGGCCUACACAGUGCCGCUUGUACCCAUUUCGUGCUGACCCACCCACGACCACCAUGCAGAGGAUCAAGGGAUUGACUACUGGAUCUUUGCCUACUUUUGUUGAUAUAAGUAAUAACUUUGCAUCUAGUGCCAUCUUGGAGGACAACCUCAUCCACCAGUUUGGUCAAGUUGGAAAACGAGUGGUAUUCAUGGGUGAUGACACCUGGGAGAGUCUUUUCCCAAAGAAAUUCUACCGCUCUCUGCCCUUUCCCUCUUUUAAUGUAAAGGACCUACACACUGUGGACAAUGGGAUCCUCCAGGAUCUCUACAAAACUAUGGUGGGCGAUCAAUGGGAUAUAUUGGUUGCUCAUUUCCUCGGGGUGGACCACUGUGGUCACACGUUUGGUCCUGACCACCCAGCAAUGGCAGACAAACUUGUCCAAAUGGAUGGAGUCAUCAGGUCUGUGAUCGACCGUAUGCAAAACGACACAAUCUUGGUAGUGAUGGGAGAUCACGGGAUGACAGACACAGGUGAUCAUGGAGGUGAAAGUCAGAAGGAGACUGAUUCAGCCAUUUUUCUCUACAGUCCUGUUCCCCUCUUUCCUGGAGCGCCGUCACAGAAUGAACCAGAUGUGGUGCCCCAGACUGACCUGGUACCCACCCUGGCCCUGCUGCUUGGCGUGCCUAUCCCAUACAGCAGUGUCGGCCAGGUUCUAUUACCAGUGUUUCCACCGGUUGGCACAGCAACAGACGCAGUUGCACGUCCCAGCCAGCUAGAGGCGCUGUGGAUUAAUGCAAAACAGGUCAACCGUUUCCUGGUGUCAUACUCUGGUGUGGCCAAUGAUAUACCACCUGACACUAUGACUCUGCUUAAGGAUCAGUUUGAAAAUAUCUCCUCAGAGUAUCUCAAAUUCGUCCGAGAGAGACACUCAUCCUCUCAUGAACUGCUGACUGAACUGCAGGCCUACCUCACCUCUGUCCGUGAUGCUUGCCGAGCCAUCUGGGCACGUUUCAGCCCGCUUAAAAUGGUUGUCGGUAUAAUCAUCUUGGCGCUUGCCUGUAUGACGUGUUUCACCGUGUCGGAAAUAUCAUUUGUGCUUGUCAGAGAGAAUAAUUUCCCUCUGAAGGCGGCUGUUGUAGGUGUGCUGAUUGCUGGCAUUUGUGUUGCUGUUGGUCAGCUGCUCUCUUGCGGCCGUAUCGAGUUUAUGUGGUGCAUGGCUGCUUCGGCCUUCACCUCAGAGCUGUUCUUUCUGUUCCGGGCCCUCCAGUCUAAGAAAACCGCCAUGGUUAAAAAUGGAGCUAAAGCCCGCAUGAGUGCAAGUAGGAGGACCCCGCAUAAUCCUUUCUCACCACCUUUCUUGGUCAUACUCAUUCGCUGUUUUGCCAUGUUUUCUGACAGCUAUCUAUUUGCUGAGGGUCGUGUUGUCACCUUCUUGCUUUUAACCUUGGCUAUCUGCAUUCUUCUUCAUCUCAAUUGGGAAGGCCUCCUCCUGCCUACCAACCAAGACCCUUUGAAGCCUACAUUGCUGCUGCCCUCACCUGCUUCUGCAUCAGCAACAGUAAGGAAAGAAAGUAGCACUCUCCUAGCCUUCUUUGCUCCCCUCGUUGGGAGCCUCUAUCUCUCCCUCUUCUUCCAUGGCUGUAGAGAAGGGGAUAUUUCCUGUCAGCCAUCUCCCUUCCUUUCUUCUCUUGCUCGGGUGAAGGAUAAUAAGCUGAAGAACAUUUACUACAUCCUCUCGGUCUUCUCACUAGCUGUUUGGACAUAUCUUCUAAGAAGAUGUCUACGCUACUACGGAAACCUAAACUCCUCAGGUGGAACAGUAUUUACAGCCCGAUGGAUCCUACCCUUGCUGUCUGUGUGUCUGGGUCUUCAUUGGGCAGUUAGUGCCUCUCCAGAGGAUAAUUUCAGAGAUUUAGCUGAGCUGAUCAAACUGGCCCAGCUUGUCCUCCCUAGGGCUGCCUAUUGUCUCCUGGGACUGGGGUUCACACUGAUCUGGCUCGAUCCACUCACUGUAUUUGUGAAGGCCAGACCUGCAAGUAUGACUAAGAGUUCAUCUGUGCCACCGCCACGCUACCGAGCCAGCACCGGUAUAAGCCCCCAAGCAGAGCUUCACCACCUCAUCCCCCAAAUCUACCAGCGAAUGCGGCACUCGUUAAAUGACGAAGAGACGAGUCAGGCCGGUAAACUGGCCAAUAGACAUGCUGUAGAGGCUUACGGCCUAGGAACGGUCUACUCUGCCCCACUGCUUCUGUUCUGUGGGCUGCUGGGAUUGGGUCUGAUGCUUUUGCACCCAGAGGGCAUGGCUCUGUCAUUCCUCCUCCUGCUGUUUGAAAUGGGGGCUCUGCUGCACAUUCACGCCUCCUCCACAACCCUCUAUGGCCGGCAGGGUGUAUAUUGUGAUGGUUUCAAUGUGCCUUGGACUCCUAUUGUGCUGUGGUCACUGGCAGCAUCCCAGUUUUUCCACGCAACAGGUCACCUGCCUUCCUUCCCUUCCAUUCAGUGGGGAGCAGCCUUUGUAGGAUUUCCUGACGGGCACACAGGCACCUUACUGCCGGCCUCAUUGGUUGCCCUCAACACGUUUGCUUCACAGAUACUGUUUGCAGUGGGAUGUCCGUUGCUGCUUUUUUGGCCUUUGGUGUGCGAGGUCCGUGGAAUUCGGAUAGAAAAAGGAGGAGAUGACGCCGUGAUGGAAAUGAGGCUGAGGGAGAAGCCUCAGAUGUUCAGCUGGGCUCUGCUGCAACUCUCAACACGCUACCUCUUUAUUCAAGGACUGCAGGUCUUUUCUUCAGCAUGUGCAGCUGCUAUUCUCAGGAGACACCUAAUGGUGUGGAGUGUUUUCGCACCCAAGUUAAUGUUUGAAGCUUCAGGGUUCCUGGUGAGCUGCAUAUGUUCGCUGCUUGGUGUCUCAUUAGUGCUUAGAGUCGAUGUGGCCGUUGGACGUUGGUUCAAGAGACUUAUCCCUGACGUGUCUAGGUAG